AUGGAGCUCACACAUUCAGGUACCACUAGGAGCCCUCGACCUGGAGAGACACCUGGAGUGGACUAUAACUUCAUCUUCAAAGAGACCUUCCUGGAGAUGGAUAAAAAGGGAGAGUUCUUGGAGGUCAGGACAGAUCAGGGGGGUUUCUAUGGAACCCCAAAACCCCAGCAAACCCUGGGCCCCAGUGGCCCCUCCUCCAGGUUAGAGGUCUCGGUGUGGACGUGGGUACAGCAGGACUCCCCACAGUGA